AUGGCACAGAGCCGCUUCGUCGUUUUCGCGAUACUAUUUGUCUGUUGGGUGCGGAGCCAAGAUAUCACGGUCUCCUUCCAGCAGAAUGCUGUCACCCCGACUGCAUCUGGACAGAUAGGUGUCAAUCCAGUGACAGACGUCGGCCCAGAUAUCUACCUGAACAUUGGUCCAAACACGCAGUGGUACCAAUCAGAUGGAAGUACAACCAAAUGGAUUGGUGUGAAUACCGAAUAUCUUACCGAUGUAGUGUACACCACUACUGUCGACAAUCAACCAGCCGUCACGACUAUCCCAGCAGCGAUUGUCGCAACUACUGCGACAGCUACUGUGGACGGCCUCGUACCUGGUGAUGUCAGCGUCGCGUUUUCUCCAAAGUUAGUUGACACCUUGAAAAGCCUGGCAGCGGAGGCGGAGUCGGCUUGCAGCAUCCGAAGAAGACGAACGACAUGCAACGUGAAUGAGAGAUUUGCGCAAAGAGUUUUCGAAGAGUUGUCACCCGGAGGAAGACUGGGAUUUAUCGACACUGGAAUUCUGGCCACGAUACCCACAGUCAACGGACCCCAAAUAGCGAGCAUAUUGAGUAAUGCACGAAUCCUACCGACAGCGGGAAUUGGUAUCUUCCUUUGGUGGCAAAUCAAGGGGCAGCUUUCGGCCUGGACAAUGGCCCCUGGAUCCGAUUCCACUGUUGGUGGAGAUGGUGAUGAUGACGAUGAUGAUGGUUGCCCAGAAGACGCUCCAAAGGGAGUAGAUGCUCCAUUUUGUACAGAUGCCGAUUGCAAAGGAGAUGAUACCCAACGCAACCAAAAAUGCUCACAGGGUAGCUGGAAAGGCUGCGACUGUCUGGCCAUAGCGGAAAUUGGCAGCGCUAUUGUUGGAGACAUGAAUUUGUACGACAACGGCAAGACAUGGCUCGAUGAACAACAACAACUGAUCGAUGCCCUGGGCGACGAACGACCUUUCUGCAUACACGGCGCGAGCCCGAGAGGAGAUCGCAUUCCCAGAGGGUAUUGCAACUGUGGAGAUGACGAGAAAACAUUGACUUACUCAGAAGCGAAAUCGACGACCUCGCCGUACAACGCAUGUCCAUACACAACGGAUGAUGGGCCUACGGUCACUUUCCAGGCCGCAUCGACUAUGACAACUAGAUCAACGCCCUCAGCAAGCCCGAUCGUGACAUGCAGCGAGCCGCGGGAGAGGUGGUUUAGCUCGACUGACGGAUACGACUUCGCUAGCCAAUUCUGUAACCGCGGAGAAGGGGAGGUGCUGAUGCCGAGACCCGCAUCUGGCUUCGCGAGUGCUUAUGAGCAAUCUUUCAACGUUGACAAAGAUCCGCUGGUCUCGAUUUUUGCUUAUCUAGACGAAUCGUGCCAGAGCCAGGGAAUCACGCAUCUGAAUGGAGAGGAAUGCGCCAUGGCAUUGGAUAGUAUCAUGCAUGAUUGCGAUACGAACACAGAAGAGAAGAAGAUGGGAGGUUCGGUGUCGAUUGGUUGCCAGUGGUUCAGCAUCAUGGCUUUCAAGGGGCCGGGUUGUGAAAACCCAACUGAUAUGGGAACAUGCAUACCCGACUCUGGAGGGAAAUAG